CUCAGCCAGAGAGGGCUCUUAUUCACAUGCUAAUUCGUGCGUAUAAAUAGCGACGCUGAGGACUGCGGAGGCCGCAUAGAUACACCACAUUUCAAACGAGAAAGAUCUAACUGGAAAAAAAAAAGACAUUCGGCUUUGAUAAUUGCAAAGCAUACUGAAGGAAAUGACCGCUACCACGAUGGGACACAGCAACGUGGACAGCGUUUCUAGUUCUAAAGAACAGAGAAAGCUGAGAAAGCCGCUGAUUGAAAGAAAAAGACGUGAAAGGAUCAACACUUGCUUGGACCAGCUCAAACAAGCGGUAGUUGGCGCCUUUCGUCUUGAUCAAUCAAAGAUGGAAAAAGCGGAUAUCCUUGAAAUGACCGUGAAGCACCUGCAGAAUAUCCAAAACAAUAAAAUGACGACUGAUUCAACUGUGGGCCUGGAAGCGCAGCAGAGGUACAGCACGGGCUAUAUCCAGUGCGUGCACGAACUCCACAACCUGCUUCUAACGUGCGAGUGGAUGGACAAGACAUUGGGGGCCCGUCUGCUUAACCACCUGCUUAAAUCUCUGCCACGAUCCAAACAGGAGUCGUGCACGCCAGCCCUCAGACCUGCUACCCCAGUCACUCCCUGCUGCCCCCCUCACCACCUCCAGGGCUCCCCCGUGUCCUGCGGGGCGGCGACUCCAGCUCCAGACCAACAGUUUGGGGGCUGUGACGUCAGCUUUGCGAGAGACGUGGCGUCAGAGAACACAGAGCCCGCUCCCGACUAUCUGACGGGACCCCUGAGGCAGCAGGCGCGUCGCCUGUGUAACAGCCCUCGUUUGGGCUCGCUGGAUAUGUGGAGGCCGUGGUAACAGAGGAAUGCGAACCUUUCUGUUCUGCACGUUCUAGACUCGUCUUACUUUAUGUAUCUUAUAGAUAUGCUUCUCGGGACUCCUGUGGGGCUGUACUGUUCCAGCAGGCGCAUUGAGACCCUGGUUACUUCACGCUCAAGGAAACCACCACGUUUAGCCUGCAUUGUAGAAGGCUAUUAUUUGUUUAUUUAUUGAAAUAACUAAGUUAUUAAAUAGAGACAUUCUCUGCGCUUUUCUUAGGUGUUAAAGUGAUUCAUGUAUAAUUAACUUGUAUAUGUGUUCUUUUCUCUCUUGUUUGUAAUUUAAACGUAUUAACCCAUUAAUAAAAUAUUAUAUUUAUGAA